GAAGCUAAGCAAAAGGUAGAGAGUAGAAACAGCCUUUCUGAACCCAAAAAGAAAAAAAGAAGGAAACAAACAAACAAGGAGAGAGCAAGGGAGAGGCGACGUGGAGACGUUAGAGCAAGAAUUCACAUUUGUGGUUGUUAAACAUUUACCACACAUAGCCUAUACCAUUGAGUGUUCCUUCCACUCCUGCCUGCAACAAUGGCUACUCUAUUUGGGCCUCUUCAUGCCUUCCAUAGAAGCACCUCUAGCCAUAGAAGAUUCAUCUCUCAACAUUCUUCAGAUGCCAGAUCAAUAUUCAAUCAUCAGGCCUUUAUUCCCUUAAACAAUCAACCCCAUCAUCAUCUUCUUGUUGUUAAACAAAAUAAGCAAUUAAGCAAGUCAAUUAACGCAGCUGACACCGAUAUUACAACACUCACUUCAGACCCCGAUAUCACUUGGCAAAUUGUCAUUGGCUCUUUAGCCGGUGUGACACCUUUUGUGGUUGCUGGAGUCGAGUUCAGCAAAAGAAUCGUGAAACAGAGGAAAUGUGAAGUUUGUGGGGGUUCAGGACUUGUUCUCAAGAACAACAAAUUUUAUAAGCGAUGUCCUAGUUGUGGCGGAUUUCUGCCGUGGCAGUCUUGGAGAAGAUUCUUCAUGGGUUAAUAGUUUGUGGAAGCUUCAUGCCAAGUUUGAUGAUUCACCCCAUUAUACAUUAUACAUAUGUAUACCACUUGUAAAUUUGUUUUUCGAUACAUCAAGCAGCUUUUGACCUUGGAAA